AUGGAUAAUCAGUACUAUUACAAGUUGAUGGCCAGUUAUCUGUCGAAACGUAACUGUGACGAGUCUUUUAUGCGUUACUUUUUUGGCAAAAACUCGACAAAGAAAACUCCUGAAGAGUUGGAGCGAGCAGAUGAACGCAAGCGGCGCCUGCAACGAGAACGUUCGCGGCGGUAUCGCGCGUUAAAGAAUGCUCGACGACAGCAUGAGAGCGGCCGCGACGGAGCCGACGAUGCGCGGGGCAAGCCGCGGCCGAUGCCUGAAGAUGAACUCAGUGACGCUGAUGAACCACCUACACUCUGUGAUCUAACCUAUGACGACAAGUGGCGAGAGCCCGGAGCUUCUUCCGAUUGUGCUUCCGACGAUAAUUCGGCUCAUUCGUCAUCUGAGCUCAAAGAAGCAGCAUUAUCUGGUAACGUGUCCCUUAAUUUGAAGGAGUUUCUUAGCUCUCCAAAUGCAGAAUUAGAUUACCCAACAGUACAUAGCCUCAUGUUUCACUGGCUGCAAACGUAA